GCAGGGGGAUGCGCUCUCCUCGCAGAGUUUCCGGCCAGCAAAACCCCUCCGCCGCCCGCAAACUCCAGGCCCUCCACUUCGGUUUCCGUUUGUCUUCUACCCCACUUCAGUAAUUUGGGCAGAAGUGAAUCAACCCCUUGGAUCAACCCCUUUCCCUUGUCCCCUAAGUCUCUGAGCUUUCUCUCUCUUCAUACCAUCCUGGAUCCCGCCAUCCCCAAAGGCCUAUCCAAACUCUGCUCUUGGUGCCAAUCCCGCCCCAGGCCAGCAGCCUUUAGAUCAUGCCUGGAGCUCAGCUCGCCCAGAGUCCAGAGAAAGGGGAAGUGUGCAUUACCGAAGCCCUCAUCACUAAGCGGAACUUGACCUUCCGUGAGGAUGAGGCUCUGUCAGAGAGGAUGUUUCACACUAUCGCUGAGCUACAGACCGUCCGCCUGGACCGGGAGGGGAUUACCACUAUCAAGAACCUAGAGGGCCUCCAGAACCUUCACAGCCUCUACCUGCAAGCGAAUAAGAUCCAGCGAAUUGAGAACCUGGCCUGUGUCCCCUCCUUACGCUUCCUGUCUCUGGCGGGAAACCGAAUCCAGCAGGUGGAGAACCUCCGUGACCUCCCAUACCUCCAGUUUCUGGACCUUUCGGAGAACUUGAUAGCAACACUGCCGCUGGAUGAAUUCCCCCAGAGCCUUCUCAUUCUCAACCUGACUGGGAACAGCUGCACCAGCCAGGACGGCUACCGGAAGCGGGUGACGGGAGCCCUGCCCCUGCUCAUGGACCUGGACGGGCAGCCGGUGUCGGAGCGCUGGAACUCGGACGAGGAGGACAAAGCCUCGGACGAGGAGUUCCCCGAGCUGAGCAGCCCGUUCUGCGCAGAGCGAGGCUUCCUGGAGGAGCUGGAGCAGGACAUGAGCAGGCACAGGGCGCGCAGGCAGCAGGCAGCCCGGACGGAGCACCUGCUGAGGCUGGAGACCCAGCCGGUCCUCACGGAGCUGCCCCCGCCGCCCGGCGGGCCCAUGGCCGGGGACCCCGCGGCUGCCGCUCCCCCCCGGGGGAAGGAGCCACCCCCAGAGCCGGCCUCCUCGCCACAAGCCGCCUCCGCCAAGAAGCCGGGCCCCCCGGCCUCCAGGGGCCCCCGAAGCACCGCGCAGGCCAGGAAGGGGGUCAGAGCGGCUGCAGCCCCCAAGGCCGCCCUGGCCGCGGCCCCCGGCACAGCCAGAACUGUGACCAGGAGAGCCAGGAAGUGAACAGGAGCAGACCCCUCCCGGGGCCCCCCGUGGCGGGACCGGUCCCAAUAAAGUGUC